GGUUCGCAAUUCGCAUACAAUCCAUUGAAAAUUACAUAACGGAUGAGGUAGAUGGAUCUAUAUGCAUUUGUACAACAUAUUCCGGACGUCCUCUUUGUAUUCAUGUGCAUAGUAUAUCACUAAAAUUUGCCCGCACCUGUAAGGCUUGGAGUGAUCGGGUCCCCACCACUGGUCAAUACCAUGAGCAUUCUUCAAAUCCUCCAGAAAUUGAUUUGACUGUCUGGUGGCAUGGUGCUGCAGUUUCUGAAUCCCUCCCCAUCCAUCCCCACUGCACUCAUGAGUAGAGAUCUCCUAAUGAGUGCUGUGUUGCUAGCUUUUCAAUAUGUCCAGCUCCGAUUUCCUCCAUCUUUCCCCCAUUCUCAAAAUAACCAAGAUUUUCAUAUGCAGUCUGCUGGAUUAAUAAAUAGACGAGGCACCCAUGCAGACAGAGCAGCAAAUGGAUCUUCAGAGUUUAGAAUGCAGACACAUUCCUUUGAUUGUGAUUCUUAGCUUUCAUAGUGAGAGCUGGUUCUACUGUGCUUACACUGCUUGCAAUUCGGAUCCCAUUCUACACAUUCUCAUAAUAUUUGAUUCUCUCAAUUGGGUUAGAAAGAUUCGCCAAAUAAUGUGGGAAGCAUGCAUUGUCUAGGCAUUUGACAAUAAACAAAUAGGGUUUUGUCCUUUGUAUCUGAAUCCGCCACUUUGGAUGGAUUUGCUAAAUCCCAUAACUUGGGAAGCUCCAGCCUCCAGCUCAAUCGUAAAGUUU